AUGGCGGAGUGUUUGCGCGCAACGAGCGCGCUGAUCGUGCGCGACCCGCGGUGCGCGCAGGCGGACAACGACCGGUUCCUGGACAUGAUGGAGUCGUACUUCGCGCAGCCCAAGACGACGAAACUCGCGCACUCACGCCCGGAGCUGCACUAUCAGGCGGACAACGACCGGUUCCUGGACAUGACGGAGUCGUACUUCGCGCAGCCCACGGCCACGAAGCUCGCGCACUCACGCCCAGAGCUGCACUAUCAGCCCAAGGCGACGAAGCUCGCGCACUCUCAGGUAAGCCUCAUAAGGCUUGGUAUGACACGGCCCGACCCUUUUCCCCUAUUCGCACCCCCCGUUUUGCGCCAUGCGCCGCGCAGCCGCGUCUAUCCGCUUUCUGCUUCCAGUGUGCCUGCGCCUCCACACCUCAGUACCCGCACCUCCGCUCCCAAUCCUCACCUCCCUGCCCCGCGCCCCCUUCCUCCCCUCCCCCCGCCCUCUCCCGCGUCCUCUCCCGCGGCCUCUCCCGCGGCCUCUCCCGCGGCCUCCCCCGCGGCCUCCCCCGCGGCCUCCCCCGCGCCCUUCCCCGCGCCCUUCCCCGCGCCCGAGCAGGUGGGGGUGACCCCCGAGGGCGUGGAGAUGCCGCAGAGCGCGCUGGACGACGCGGUGAAGGCGCGCAUGGCGCAACUUCCCCCCGACAGCCGCCCCCACGCGCCCUCAGGGCCCGACUGCAAGUGGCGCUUCAUGUGGCGCGUCGGGCCCCGCCCUGUGCGCACCAGAUAUCAGGAGCUGAACGCCAGUCCGGUGGUGCCGGAGGGGUUCCCUCAGUGGGCUUCGGUGAUGGAUGGGUGGGGAGGCAAGAUGACUGCUGCCGUGGAGGCGGUGGCAGAGAUGCUGGCAGUCGGAUUUGAUCUCCCACAGGACUCAUUCACCUCUCGCAUGCACAUGGGUCCACACCUGCUGGCCCCUACAGGCAGUGACCUGGGAGAGCACGGCUCACCUGGAACAGUCCUGGCGGGGUACCAUGCAGAUCUCAACUUUCUCACCAUCCACGGACGGUGCAGAUUUCCCGGCCUCCGCAUUUGGCUUAGGGAUGGCACCUGCUGCCGCGUCUCGGUGCCUGAUGGCUGCCUGCUGCUGCAAGCAGGGAAACAGAUGGAGUGGCUGACGGGAGGAGAGGUACGGGCGGGAAUGCAUGAGGUGGUGGUGGAUGAGGGCACAGUGGCGGCGGUGCAGAGAGCACAGCAGCAGGGGCGCAGCCUCUGGCGAGUCUCCAGUACGGUUUUUGCACACAUAGCGUCAGAUGAGAUCCUCACGCCCAUUGGGCACUUCGCCACUAGCAAACUGGCAUCUAGCUUUCCACCCAAGCCUGCUGGAGAGUUUGUGGAGGAGGAACUAGCAGCCAUCCAGUUGAAAACCACCAGUGGAGGUGGCUGA